AUGUUGGAUCCUAUGAAAAGGAAGGAGAUGCAGGAAUCUGACAAAGUGUCAAACGGGGAAUAUUUCCCUCCACCUAAAAAUUUGCCAGCAUCAGACAUCAAACAUCCUUAUGUUAUUGUCGGUGAUGAAGCAUUCAGACUGGAUAAACAUGUGAUGAAACCUUUCACCCAGAAACAAGCUGUGGCAGACUCCUCUAAGAGGAACUACAAUUACGCCCUGUGCAGAGCCCGAAAGUCUACAGAUUUAAUUUCGCUCUCCAAUGUGCGUGAGAAUAUCCCGGUGAAUACAAACGAGCGACAGCCGGACUAUUGGGAAGAGGCAGAGAGACUGACAGCGGCAGCCGGUCUGUUGGCAAGGUUGCCACAUAAGGCAAGAGAGACUGACAGCGGCAGCCGGACUAUUGGGAAGGUGCCACAUAGUGAGCAACAUUUAGUCACCGAUAAAACAACUGUUCAACAUAGGCCAGAGAGACUGACAGCGGCAGCCCGGACUAUUGGGAAGGUGCCACAUAAGGCAGAGAGACUGACAGCGGCCAGCCGGACUAUUGGGAAGGUGCCACAUAAGGCAGAGAGACUGACAAGCGGCAGCCGGUCUGUUGGCAAGGUGCCACAUAGUGUUGAAGAACAAGCAGCUGUGUUGGGUUGCCUGCGCGUUGGGCUUGUGGUGGUGGGUGAGCGGGUGACUAGGGGGUGGAGGACGACGCUCACGGUGUCUGUUGCCGGAGUUCUUAGUGCGGCCCGACGCUCUGCUGCAAUGGACUUCGUACUUUACCUGGCUGUGUUCUUCCGAAUUGUGAUUGCUUCUUCUGGAAACUUCUCGGACACUUUCCUUCCACCACUGGAGAACUUCCAGUACCGAGGACACGGCAGCCACUGCCUCUGCUGGAACGGCUCGCUGGAGUCGGAUCUGGAGGCGGAUUGCCGCUGUUCUGGGGAUCAGCUACUGGAGAUCCCCAAGAACAUAUCUGGCAAUGUUAGGCGAUUAACAAUAGCUGAAGCCGCAGUAACGUCACUACCAGCCGACUCUCUACAACCCUUCUCCUCCUCGCUCACGGAUUUUGCUAUGACGAAUGUUCGUCAACUGACGGAGAUCGAGCCAGGUGUGUUCUUCAACCUUACUGAACUACGAACCAUAUAUAUCCACAGAGCCCCACAGCUCCGACACAUCGCCCCGACCCUGUUCGCUGUAGAACUGAGAAGCUUGAAGAUCCUACGUAUCGUUCACACUGGUAUAACUGUGGUGCCUUCUCUCGGUCAGCUAAAAACACUGGCACCUUUACAUAUGAUAGACUUCGACAAUAAUCAUAUCAAGAGGAUUCGCAGUAAAGAAGUCUUGCUAAAAGCAGAACAACUGCUACUAAACUACAACGACCUAGAGGAACUAGAGAGCCACGCCUUUGACAAGUCCCAGAUAGCAAAACUGAUGAUGAAAGGAAACCAGAAACUCACAAGGCUACACGAAGAUUGCUUUCAAGGUCUUCAAAGUCUCAGGCACUUGGAUCUAUCAGAGACGUCUAUAACCGAUUUGCCCACAAGAGGUCUCCAGGAGCUGGAGCUAUUACGGCUGGAGAACACCCGUACCCUUAAGACAUUCCCUUCAGUGUACAAUUUUAAGCAUAUUCGUGAAGUACAUCUCACUUACCCUUAUCACUGCUGCGCUUUCCACUUCCCGGCCACCCACCACCCCCAGGAGUAUGCCAAACACCAGGGAUUUCUUCAGGAGCUUACUAAGAACUGCAGUCUUGAGAGGGACCGAGAUCGUAGAACUUCGGCAACGGACGGACACAGUUCCCUAGGUUUCUUGGUGCACGCUCCUGCUGAUCCUAUGGGCAUGUUCCAUGAUGGUGUGACGGUGCAGCCAGGCCGGAUGCACGCUCUGUGUGGCAACCUAUCCAAGAACUAUCGGGACGUGCGUUGUCAGCCGAACCCAGACGCCUUCAACCCCUGCGAAGACCUGAUGGGCAACUGGGCGCUGCGCGUGGCCGUCUGGCUGGUAGCUGUAGCAGCUCUACUGGGCAACGUCACCGUUCUCCUGGUGUUAGGGAGUAGUCGCUUCCGCAUGACCGUUCCUAAGUUUCUAAUGUGUCACCUGGCCGUGGCCGACCUCUGUAUGGGCCUCUACCUCCUUAUCAUCGCCGCUGUCGAUUCUCGCUCUAUCGGUGACUAUUUUAAUCACGCCAUCGACUGGCAGAAUGGUAUUGGAUGCAAGGUGGCUGGUUCGCUGACAGUGUUUGCUCGAGAGCUGUCCAUCUUCACCCUGACCGUGAUCACGAUAGAGCGCUGGUACACCAUCACCUACGCCAUGCACCUGGACAAGCGACUUACCCUGACGUCUGCCGGCAGGAUCAUGGUGUGUGGCUGGCUGUACUCACUGUGUAUGGCUGCCUGCCCUUUACUGGGCAUCAGUGGCUACUCUAAAACCAGCAUUUGUUUGCCCUUGGAGAAUUUGAAGCCGUCGGACCUGGCUUAUCUCAUAGUGCUCCUGACCUUCAACGGCGCUGCCUUCUGGAUAGUGUGUGCUUGCUACGGGCGGAUGUACUGUUCUAUCCGGGGCGGACAGGACGCUGUGGCCGCUCUCACCCGCUCUGACAUGACAGUGGCUAAGCGGAUGGCGCUACUGGUCUUCACCGACUUCGCGUGCUGGGCGCCCAUCGCGUUCUUCGGGAUCACCGCGCUUGCCGGCUACCCCCUCAUAGAUGUCUCCAAAACCAAGAUCUUGCUGGUGUUCUUCUACCCGCUCAACUCUUGUGCUAACCCCUACCUGUACGCUCUGCUCACCCAGCAGUACAGGCGUGACCUGUUCGUUCUCCUCAGUCGGUGCGGGUUCUGCUCUGACAUGGCCGCUAGAUACAAGGGCACCCAAGAGGCGGCUAGGAUGGGGUUCCGAGGCCCUUCGGUCCCCUUCUCCUCGGGGUCUGUCCACCCCAACCACCGUGGAUCCGUUCUGACGACGAUCACCUCCAUGGAGUCGAUGGCCUCGAACCGUAUCGCCUGCACUCGCAAACAGCAGCUGGAACUGGUACCUCUGUCUGCUUCACAAUUUGUCGACUCUAAAAGAAUUUCUAGAACUAAUACUUUUAUGUAAAACCAAGUUGAUGUAUACUAAUAACUGUGUUCAAUUAAGAUAUUGUUUAUAACUAAUUGUUUGGUGAACUAAAAAUAUUAUUUUCAAUAUGUGUAAAAAAUAAUAUAAUUUUAUCAA